AUGACAGCCGAACCUUCACCAACCCCAGAUGAGAAGCAUGCCCGGAUCAUAGAACCAAAGCCGUCAACGGGGUCUGCAGGUCAAUCUGAGGCACUCACGGACGGCCAGGAGCUUACGGUGAAAGCUGGUGCAGCAUAUAUUCGAAUAUUCACUUAUGCUGAACCUAGACAUGUCUUCCUAGGGGCAUUGGCUUUCGUUGCCGCCCUCGGCUCCGGAGCGGGUCUGGCUCUUGUCAAUCUUGUACUGGGCGAAUUCGUUGGCAUUUUGAACGACUACGUCGCAGGAGAAAUCACAAAGCAACAGUUCAUGAAAAAUGUCACGACCUACUGCUUGUACUUCUUGUACAUCGGGAUUGCUCGCCUGGUCCUGACUUACGCAUACACGACGCUCUCAAAUUACUGUGCCUACCAUAUUGUCCGCAACAUCCGACGACGAUAUCUGAAGUCAGCACUCAGCCAAGAGGUUGCUUUCUACGAUAGAGGCACUGCAGGUUCGAUCUCUAUGCAGGCGACUUCCAACGGCAACUUGAUACAGUCUGGAAUUGCCGAGAAAUUGGCUUUGACCUUCCAGUCAGCGUCAACUUUUGUAACUGCUUUCAUUAUAGCCUUUGUCAGUCAAUGGAAGUUGACGCUGAUACUCCUCUGCGUUGCACCGACUCUUAUAAUCCUCAUGGGCAUUGUCGCUUCGAUCGAGGCCAAGAUAGAAACCCAGAUGUUGGAUGUCUAUGGCAAGGCAGGCGCGUACGCAGAGAGCGUUCUGUCUACAACGAGAACUGUUCAGGCCUUCGGGCUUCGAGAAAGACUAGUGGCCCGAUAUGCAACGUUUGUCGCGCAUGCGAGAACGGGGAUGGGCCUCGCCUUCUGUCAAGGCGUCAAAAUGUUCUCUAUCGGAGAAGUCGACUCUUUAGGGACCGUGUUUACGGUCCUCCUCUCUGUCAUCAUUGCGACUCUUAACGUCACAAUAAUUGCGCCCUACACGGUCUCCUUUCAGCGAGCUGGGUCCGCCGCCGCACAGCUCUUCACUCUUAUCGACCGAACAUCUCAAAUAAAUCCUUUCAACGAAGGCGGUGAACGGCCCAAUAAGACAGAAGGAGUUAUUGACAUAAAAGGUAUCGGCUUUGAAUACCCUACGAGACCAGGAGUUACUGUCCUGGAGGACUUUUCCUUGCACGUCCCGGCCGGGAAAGUUACUGCACUUGUGGGAGCCAGCGGAUCGGGGAAGUCAACCAUUAUAGGUUUACUCGAGAGAUGGUACCUGCCUCGCUCGGGGUCCAUCGAUCUAGACGGUAAACCAAUCGAAACCCUCAAUCUCAACUGGCUCCGGACCAAUGUCCGCCUUGUUCAGCAAGAGCCAGUCCUCUUCAACGGUACUGUCUUUGAAAAUAUUGCGAAUGGCUUGGUCGGAACUCCCUGGGAACACGCACCUGUUGAAGAGCAACAGCAAAGGGUCGAGCAAGCUGCCGACUUCGCCUUCGCCCACGACUUCAUCUCCAAGCUACCCGAAGGCUACAAUACCCGCAUCGGUGAGCGAGGUGGCUUGCUGAGUGGUGGACAGAAACAAAGACUAGCAAUCGCGCGAAGCAUCAUCUCUGAGCCCAAGGUUCUGCUACUUGACGAAGCUACGAGCGCUUUGGACCCGCACGCUGAGGGUAUAGUUCAAAAGGCAUUAGAUAAUGUCUCUAAAGACAGGACUACUAUUGUUAUUGCACACAAGCUCGCCACUAUCAGAGAAGCCGACAAUAUCGUGGUUAUGGCAAAGGGGCGGAUCAUCGAACAAGGCACUCACAGCUCGCUCCUGGCUGCCAACGGCGCAUACGCGCGCCUCGUCCAGGCCCAGACUCUAACUUCAACUUCAAACGCCGACGUUUCGGACACGAGCUCAACCUCUGAUGAAGAGGAAGAAGGGAGGAAGGAGCAAGAACAGACCGAGAUUGAGCUGACUCGCUCUCUCACGCGGUACGCAACAGCAGACCGUUUGCAUCUACAACGCCUCAGCGAGCGUGACAACUACGAAAAUUUUAAACAGUACGGCCUGUUCGUCACAGUAAUAAACAUGGUACGGAUGACGCCGGAGCUCAAUAGAGCAUACGCGGCGGUGGCCUUGCUCUGUGUUGCAGCAAGCGGCGUGUUCCCGGGACAGGCAGUGCUGCUAGGCGGUGUCAUGGACAUCUUCCAGCUGCCUUUAGACGAAAUGCGUCGACGCGGGAACUUUUUAGCUCUCAUGUUCUUCGUUCUCGGCCUCGGUUGCUUGGUUGUAUAUUUCUCCUUGGGUUGGAUAACUAACAUUGUUGCCCAAACAAUGAACCAAAAGUUCAGAAAGAGCAUGCUGGACUCAAUGCUGCGCCAAGACGUUCAAUUUUUUGACAGAGCCGAGAAUACUGUGGGCGCCCUCACCGGCCGCCUCGAUUCUUAUACUCAGGCUAUCCUCGAACUCAUGGGUUUCAAUAUCUCACUCAUACUCAUCACCAUGAUCAGCGUCACCGCUUCCAGUAUCCUCGCUAUUGUCGUGUCGUGGAAGCUUGGCCUUGUCGGCGUCUUUGCUGGCAUUCCGCCGUUACUUGUUGCCGGCUACACUCGAAUCCGCCUCGAGACCAAGAUGGAUGAUGGAAACUCGAAACGAUUUUCACAUAGUGCCUCAGUUGCCUCAGAGGCUGUCACGGCUAUUCGAACGGUCUCAAGCUUGGCGAUUGAGCACUCGGUGCUGAGACGAUACACUGACGAACUCGAUCACGCUAUUCACCAAUCGAUGCUUCCCCUGUUUCACAUGAUGUUCUGGUUUUCAUUCACACAGUCAAUUGAGUACUUCAUACUGGCGCUGGGAUUCUGGUACGGCUGCAAACUGGUCUCUGAGGGCGAGGUGACCUUCUAUCAGUUCUUUGUAUCAUUUAUGGGUGUCUUCUUUGCUGGGCAGAAUGCGUCUCAGAUGUUUGCAUAUACAACCACGAUUGUGGAAACACCAGAAAACGCCCAGCACGGACCGGCUCGAGAUAUUGAAAAUAUUGACUUUGAUAGAGUCAAAUUUUCCUAUCCCCUGAGAUCCGGGCAUCAGGUCCUUCGAGGAAUCGACAUUAAGAUUAAACGGGGACAAUUUGUUGCCUUUGUUGGUGCUUCUGGCUGCGGAAAAAGUACCAUGAUAGCUCUGCUUGAGAGAUAUUAUGAUGCAACAGCUGGCACCAUUAACGUAGACUCGGAGACACUGACCACCCUCAAUCCACGUCUGUAUCGCAAAAACAUUGCUCUUGUGCAGCAGGAGCCAACGCUUUACCAAGGUACAAUUCGGGAGAACGUCCAGCUCGGCUAUGAGCAACAUGGCGAGAACGAGGCACUACCCAGUGAUGAGAUGGUAGAGACAGCCUUGCGCGCAGCAAACGCCUGGGACUUUGUGAUAUCCCUACCAGAAGGUCUGAAUACUCCAUGCGGUGCUAGCGGUUCCCAGCUUUCGGGAGGACAACGCCAGCGCCUUGCGAUAGCUCGAGCGCUCAUCCGGGACCCUAACGUGAUCCUUCUCGACGAAGCGACGUCGGCACUUGACACCGAGUCCGAAAAGAUGGUUCAGAAAGCUUUAGCUGAGGCCUCGGCGGCGCGAGACCGAAUCACUAUUGCGGUAGCUCAUCGUCUCAGUACGAUCAGAGAUGCAGAUGUGAUCUGCGUGUUUUAUGACGGCAAGAUAGUUGAAAAGGGCACGCAUGAUGAGCUCUUGAGUCUGGGAAAGAUGUACAAAAAGAUGUGCGAGGCGCAAAGCUUGGACAGAUAG